UAUCUAUCAGUGCGUGAGAAGAGAAGAAAGAUUACGAACAAAAGUAGUGUCUUAUUUCCCUCGUCAACAAUUUAGCAAUUUUAUUUGUUUAAGCUUUGCUUCCAUAUCGAUUAAUUAUUUGCAACUUUGUAAAACCCUUGUGUUUGUUUAUCUUAAUCUAAAUAAAUAAAAAGUGAACAAUUUCUGAUUUCCAUUAAGAGCAAAAAGAACAAAUUGUUAAAACUCCGCAAAUGUCUAAACAAAUUAUUUCUCAACCGAGUGCUAAUGCUUCUGCUGCCGUCAUCGUCAAGUUUUUAUUUUUUGUUCAACACAGCACCAGAAGCUGUGCAGAGCUUAUUUAAGUGUAUAAUAAAUUCUAUAUUUUUAAUAACAAUAAAAACAGUUGCGUUUAAGUAGAGGAACAAGGAAAUAAGAACAAAUAACUCAACAUGUCUUCACUAAAAGUUGCUGUUCGGGUUCGCCCUUUCAAUGCCAGAGAAAUUGAUAUGGAUGCUCUUUCAAUUGUUGAAAUUGAAGGUAGCAAAACUCGAUUAUAUAAGCCAAGGACUCAAGUAGUACGCGAUGCUGGACGAGAAAAUCACUUUGAUUUUACAUUUGAUUACUCAUAUUGGUCUUUUGAUCCAAAUGACAGCCAUUUUGCAACACAAGAACAAGUAUACAAGGAUCUAGGGACAGAUGUUGUUGACUGCGCUUUUGAAGGUUACAAUGCCUGUGUUUUUGCCUAUGGCCAAACAGGCAGUGGAAAAACAUUUACCAUGAUGGGCAAGCGCGAUAACCCAGGGCUCAUUCCGAGAAUUUGUGAAGAACUUUUCCUUCGGAUAAAAGUAGGUCAAGAAUCUGGCACGGGAUACAAGACACAAGCCAGCUACUUAGAAAUCUAUAAUGAACAAGUGAAAGAUUUACUUGGCCCGCACAACCGAGGACAUAGUUUGAAAGUGCGCGAACAUCCAAAUAUUGGACCGUAUGUUGAUAAUCUCUCACAACAUGCUGUUUCUGACUUUGAUGAGAUUCUGGAAUGCAUAUCACGGGGAAAUGUUCAACGCACUACAGCCAGCACCAACAUGAAUGACACCAGUAGCCGCAGCCAUGCAAUAUUUACGAUAACCUUUGUGCAAGCUGUUUUUAUGAAUGACAAGCCAAGUGAAACUGUUUCCAAGAUACACUUGGUGGACUUGGCAGGCAGUGAGCGGGCAGAUGCUACCGGGGCAACUGGACAGCGUCUUAAAGAAGGGGCUCAUAUAAACAAAUCACUGGUUACUCUGGGAAAAGUAAUCUCGUUGCUUGCCGAACAAACUAGCAAAAAUGACAAUUCAAAACGAGUCCUCUACAUACCCUAUCGUGACUCGAAUCUUACGUGGUUGCUUAAAGAUAGUUUAGGUGGAAAUAGUAAGACCAUCAUGAUUGCCGCAUUGUCACCGGCUGACUGCAACUAUAGCGAAACUCUGAGUACGUUGCGGUAUGCGAAUCGGGCAAAGAACAUUAUAAACAAACCUACAAUUAAUGAGGAUACUAAUGUGAAACUUAUUCGUGAACUCAGGGAAGAGAUCAAUAAGCUUAAGUCGAUGUUAAGCGGUGAUAUUAACUCUCUGACACCUUCAUCGAAAAUGUUGGAAGACCUGCUGAAGAAAGAAGCACAAGAAAAGGUUCUAACCGAGGAAUGGACAGAGAAGUGGAAAGAGGCACAGUCGAUAUUACAAGAACAGAAAUCGUUGGGCUUACGCAAGUCUGGUGUUGGUGUCGUGUUAGAUUCUGAGAUGCCUCACUUGAUUGGAAUACAUAAUGACAUAACAACUGGUGUCACCUUGUACAGCUUGAAAGAAGGAGAAACACUUAUUGGUACAGUUGAGUGUGAAAUUCCUCAGGAUAUCGUUCUAACUGGAGAUGGUAUUCAACCACAGCACUGCAGCAUUAUUCUUUGUGAUGGCAAUGUGACACUUCACCCUCGGCCGUUUUCUCAAUGUUGGCUAAACGCGCAUCUGAUUGAUCAGCCAACAUCUAUCUCACAGGGUGAUAUCAUCUUACUUGGCCGAACAAACAUAUUCCGUUUCAAUAACCCUGCCGAGGCGGCAAAGCUUCGCAACGAUCUGUCUCGUUCCCAUUUGGAUAUGUCAAGAUUGCAAUUGAUAACGACGUCUCGGGAAAAUCUUCUUAGUAGUAGCUUCUAUGGAGAAGAUGACUUACCGAGUAGUUUAACGUCCACACCUAAUAAAAGGAAUAAGCAGUAUCAUCCUAAUAAGCUGACAUCACGAGAUGACCCGGAGCUACAGGAUGAGAAUAGAAAAAUUCUGGAAACCAUUGAAAACGCUUUGAAACAGCUAAAUAUAGAACGUGUUCAAAUGUACGAACAAUACAAAACGAAAGUGCGUAAGCUUACUGAUGAACUUCGUCGGUUAGAAAAAGAAGAAAUGGAUAGUUCUGAGUUGCUGUUGUGUCGAGAAAGGGAGCUUUUAGCUCGGAAAGAUAUGCUUUUAUGGGAAAAGAAUAAUGAAAAGGUUCAGAUUGAUAUCGUUUGUAGACAAAUUUCCACUUUUCAAACCCAGCUCGACUCAAAGAAACGAGAUUUUUCUGAGUAUGUAGCGAAAGAAUUACAAGAAUUGCAAGAUUAUGGUAAACUUGACGAGGUUGGAAUAAAAAUAACCGAGUGUACACAACUUUCUGGUGAUCUUCUGUUACAAGCUGUAGAAUCUUUAGAUUCAGCUCAGUUUGUAAAGGACACCGUUAAGAAAAAUAACGAUGACGUAAAGAAAUUAGAAGAACAAAUUACUGACAAGGAAAAGGUUUUAAAUGCUGGUACAAACAAAAUUGCAAAAAUCGAUGAAGAAAUAAUGCAGUUGGAUCAAGAAUUGCAAGAACUUAAUUCACAAGGAAGGGAAAAGACUGAUAUGAAUUCAAAAAAGUCGUCCUUAAAACUAAACUUAAACAAAAUGACUAAUAGCGAUGUACGAACCGACCAAGACGAAAUCUCAAACUCUGAUACUUAUGAAACUUGUGAUACCUUCCAUACAAUAAGCUCUGUUUCGCCAAUUCAAAAUGAUCUCCCAACAACAUCGUCAUGUUCAUCGAAUUUCGUCGAUAACCUACCAUCGUCUAGCAGUACAAUUGGCAACAGCAGUGACAGCAAUAGUUUAGCACCUCCAAAUCCUAUUAUGAGUGACAGCGGAGUGUGUCUAGAAUCGAUGUCGAGAGUUCCUAAUGGCAUUCCAAUAGUCGUAACUAGUCCGACCAAUUCUAGUGGCGACGGCGGCGGCGGGGCAAAAAGUGUGAGCGAUGGCGACGGCGAUGAUGAUACUGCUUCAUGUUCAUCUUGUGAAACAGGACGAAGUUCAGAAGUGUCAAAAUCCUAUUGCUCAAUGCAUGCGUUGAGAAGAAAAAUUGCUGCUCAAAAAGCUCUUAUUAUGAAGAAUUUAGAAAUGGAUGCAGAUAAGUCACAACUAGAUGCACAAAUUGCCCAACUGCAAGAAUUGCAAAGGCGAUAUGUAAAAAUGGAAAAAGAACUUAGCCUAAAUGGUCGAAGUCAUUUGGAGUGCUGCAAUAAUGAUGAAAUUAACUAUGAUGAUGGAAGUUGUUCAAACCAGGCCAGGCCACAAUCAAUGGACGCUUCUUCGUAUGUUCCAAGCAUGACGAUGUCAUGUCCUUCUAUGCGGGAUUAUCCACACGAACCGGAUCAAUUUAUAUCUAUACCUAGUUUUGUUAUCAGAGGUGCUGGAAAGCAAACACACUACGAAUACGAAAUUCGAAUAAUUCUGCCCGAUGGAAAAUUAAACAUACUCCGGCGUUAUAGUCGUUUUCGAGAGCUGCACUUGACAAUGAAACAUUGCUAUGGAUCGAAGAUUGGUGCUCUUUCAUUUCCUCGUCGUGAAAUAUUCUCUUCGAAUAGUGAAUCGGUUGCCAAACAUCGAAGACGUUUGCUUGAACUAUAUGUCCGUCGGCUAAUCGUUGUUUGUGCUCGUAUCCCCCAAAGUCCAAUAUACGAAGGCCCUGGUGGUCCUGGUAUAACUCGUGUCACAUUAGCCAAUCUCUCGCCGUUCUUUAAGAAGGGUCUGUUCGAGAACGGGAAGCACGGGACUGGAUAAUAGUAACUCUGAUUUUUAACUAUGUUCUACCAAUUCUGUCCCUCUUGAUCUUUGCCUUUUCCAUUCUUAGCCUUAGUAGUAACUAUUACGAUUAAGAGUGAUUAUAUACUUCAUACUAUUGUAAGGGGAUUUAUUUUACAAACAAAAAUUUAAUUUAAUUUCUCAUGUAUUUUCUAAUUAUAAGUUUUUGAUCUUUUCAUUUAUUAUUACAUAAUUUAACUUCAUUUACAUGAAAACAAAUAAACAACCCCAGUGACUAUAUUACAAACAAAAAUUAUAAAACAUUUACUGAAUAAAACAUAAAUAAAAACUGUGAUGAUUAUAUCGAAAGAAAAGAAGUUACAUAUUUUACGUAAACGUUACUUAAUUGUUAUUGUAAUUUGCGUAAUUGUUACAAAAAACAAAAUCGUUCAUUGAAUUAAUGAGCUUAAAAAAUAGACAAAUAAUGAUAAGUACAAUAAUUUAUGUAAAAAUACAAAAAACAAACUUGAGAGUAUUAUUCCAUAAAAAGGCAUUAAAUGUAAACUUAAAGGAUCUUAGUAUAUAUGUAUGCUCUAAGUUUCUACAGAGAGUGUUUUAAAUAAAAAGUAUAUCUAUUUAAUCUAUCUUAUAUUAUAAAUUGAGGUUUUAAACCCUAAAAUAGAUCAGAAACUAUUUUGUUUCAAAAAGCUCAGCAACUGCUUGGUUUCAAAAACAACAGUUAAAGCAGGUAUUUUUCGUUCUUAUGUUUCUAUAAUUAUCUACUUAAUACUCCAA